ACUCUAGAGGGAGCGGGUUUUGAGAAGCCCUCAUAAAUAUCCUGGCCCAAUGCCUUAGCAGCCAUAAGAAGGAAAAAGAACGUACUCGCCUGAAGAUAACGUUUGGGAUAUUUAAAGCUGCAGGCACACGGAUCUCUGCAGGCAAAAUCCCUCAGAGCCUAAGCAGGACAGCCUUGAAAGAACUAGUUCGUCCCAUUGUAACUGGGUGGCUGCCCCUUCUCCGAAAUGGCAGGUGUGAGCAGCUGUUUAAAGUAUUCUAUGUUUUUCUUCAACUUCUUGUUCUGGCUAUGUGGUACACUGAUCCUGGGACUGGCCAUAUAUGUGCGAGUAAGCAAGGAUGGAAAAGAGAUCAUUGCGUCCGGAGACAUUGGCACGAACCCAUUGGUUGCUGUGAAUAUCUUGAUUGCGGUUGGGGCCAUCAUCAUGGUGCUGGGUUUCCUGGGAUGCUGUGGAGCUAUAAAAGAAAGCCGCUGCAUGCUUCUCUUGUUUUUUAUCGGCUUGCUCUUGAUUCUGCUUCUGCAAGUGGCAGCAGGUAUCUUAGGAGCCACUUUCAAAUCUCAGACUAACCGCAUUCUGAAUGAAACGCUGUAUGAAAAUGCUAAGCUUUUGUCAGAGACAAGCAAUGAGGCAAAAGAAUUCCAGAAGGCCAUGAUUGUAUUACAGACAGAGCUUAAGUGCUGUGGCUUGGAUCGUGGAGCUGCUGACUGGGGAAAUAAUUUUAAAGAUGCAAAAGAGUCAUGUCAAUGUACAGGAUCUAACUGUGACAACUACGAGCAAAAUAGUGUUUAUCCAACGACCUGUGUUUCGCCGAUAAAAGAUCUGAUUGAAAAGAACUUCAUUAUCGUCAUUGGAGUUGCUUUUGGACUGGCAGUUAUUGAGAUUCUUGGUUUGGUGUUCUCUAUGGUGCUGUACUGCCAGAUUGGAAGCAAAUGAAUCUGCGGACUUACCUGGUCAUCAUAACCACCAUUUAAGUUUUUGCUUUGGCUUUGUAACUUCAAAUACUCAAAUACUGUAAAUAUCAGGAGCAAAUGUCUUACCAAAAUGUCUUAGGCAGACUACAGGCAUCUUCACAUGUAUUCCGCACAUUUAACUGUGAAGGACAUAAUAAAAAUGGUUGUGUUUUUUUUUUUUCUCACAAUAAAAAAGAUGUUUGUGUUGAU